AUGUCCAAUGAUCAGCAUCUCCCGGUACUGAUCACCAUGACCAGUUACCAGUGCACGGUCUGUAACCGCAAACGUUUUCUCAACCCGGGUGCCCAGGUUUAUAUCUCCAGAACAACCCCCGACCGACGCAACCACAUACGAUACGUCUGUGGAGGCUGCUACCACGGCAGGUUGUUGCCCUGCAAGCGACCCAUCUACCAGAGGGUCAGCCUUCGUCAGGGCCCCAUCGAGGCCCCUCCCGUUGUGACUACCGCGACCACCACUACACCGCCUUCCCCGGUCCAGGCUGUCCAAGCGGCCCCUUCACAGCCUCCCCCGGUUCGGGCUGGCCUACCACCCCCACUCCCUCCUACACCUGCAAUCGCCCCUCUUGCUCCUGUCAAGAGGAGUUACAGAGAGGUGUUUGACGUCGAUGACUCCAGCAGGGAGCAGAGUCCCGAGCGUCGUCCACUUGCCUCUCCGCCGGCGAAGAAAAACACAGCGCCGACUGAACAUGGGCUCGCUCCGUCGUCCCUGUGGACGCCUACAUCCAACAGCAUAGUGUCGACAUUAGCGGCACGUCCGUCCUCGUGGCACCAGAUUGGGACGGGCCCUUCUGCGAUGUUCGACACCUCUUUCCUCUCUUUUAUCACACCCGGAUCCAAGAAUUGUAGUGAGACCGGACCAGACGCUCUUUCCGGGAGGAACAAGAUGUUGCUGGCGACGUGGGAUAAGGAUGUCAAGGCCAGAAGGCAGAAGGCCGAUGAGCUGGACAAGCUGUUGAAAAGGGAUGUUGCUGAAGCUAGCCACUCCUCGACCAUCUCGGGGAUCAAGACCGCGGCUGAACCCAACAAGCGAGUGAUCAUCGACCUUAAGGUCGAGGAGAUGACGCCCAACCCAGAUCGCAUGGAGGCGAUCACGGAAGGAGAUGAGGAUGUGAAGUCCCGUAGUUAA